AUGCCGGACGAGGAGGAAUCGGUGAUGCUUUCCCAACUGCAAGCAGAGUGGGAGUCGGUUCGGAAAUCCCUGCAGCUCUGCUCUCAAUCGAAUACCAAUUUGAACGAGAACAUCAGCGUCAUUGACAACUUCGCGACGGGUGACGACGCUAUUCAGUUCCUGGUCUCUACAAAUGACAAGCCGAUACGUGGUCAGAAUCGAGGGUAUGGGGAGCGGCCUAGGCAGCUCGGGGGCUACAUGAGUGACGAGUCUCUCCAGAGGGUAUCGGAUAGUAUGACACGUCCUGGCCUCUACGAUCGUGAGGUUGCCACACCCCCCCGGGCUCCCGGAAGUGGGCCGGGUAGACCCGGUGCGAGCUUCCAGGGCGAUGGUAGCCGAGGUCAUAAGCCUGGCUCUGGGUUUGGCCAGGAAAAGGAGCUGAGCGCUCCCGAAGCCAGCAAGCGUGCAAGGAGCGGGACGCCGGAAGAAACCGAGCCAAAUCCCCCUGAAGCCAAUAGUCGCGCAAAGCGCUCCUCUCCUGGGCCGUGA